UCCUUCUGCUUCAGAGUGGCAGAGCGUUCUGACAGGGACGUACCACUCUCCAACCGCAGGGGAACUCGCUCGACUGACUGAAGAGAAGCUGUGUUCGAGCGCACAGCUCUGAGCUUCCUGCCUCCCCCUGCUGCAGCCUCCACCGGUGAACCGGCCCGAGGAGGAGAGGAGAGAGAGGGUGGAGGGGGUUCAGAGGAGGAGAGAGUGAGCACAGCAUUUGAGAAACCAGCUGAUCAGAGCUGAGGUAUUCUGCCACUGAGGCAGAGGCAAAGGGAGCGUGCCUGGAAAAAAGAAUUGGACUCAACUUGUUGUGAUUUUGAUGGAGUGAGAGGAAAAGAAAUGCCUCCUUUUCCUGGGAAGCUGGGAACUCGCGUGAAGGAAGAAGCUCUGUGGAGAGAUGUGAGAGCUGUUGACAGGGUGGAAAUCUGAGGAGCUCACACAGAAAAGGAUCAAGAAAACCAACCAAGCUCACAGACGGUUAGAAGGGAACCCGAGGAAGAAGAAGGGAUGUCUUGGCUUUCACCUGUGUCAUGGGCCAAAUGGACAUGGACGGCGGUGCGAGGGGGGGAGGGAGAGGAGGAUGAAGAGGGCCAGGAGGCCGGCGAGGAAACACAGUUAUAUGGAAGGAGAGAAGAAGAAGAAGAGGAGGAGGAGGAGAGAUCUCAAGGCUGCAGCUCUGACUCAGACGGUAAUUUUGGCACUCCCGAAGCAGCUACUCCUGUCCGCGCCCCUCCAACCAUCCCGGGAGAGCUGGAGAACAACGGCAUCGAUGCAGACAAAGCAGAUUUGGAGCAGGAGGAGAACCUGAGAGUGACAGCUCCUGUCGGGGAUCAGGAUAUUCUACUCAGGUGCACCAUGGGUCAGGAUGAGCCUGCAGUCCCCACAGAUGGCCCACUUGAAAUAAAUGUCCAGGUGGUUGAAGAAGAACAAACGGAGCACCUUCAAGAUAAUGCGAGCUUGGCGACUGCUCCAGAUUUGUCUUCACUAAUGCAAGAGGCCAAAGCAGCUCCUCCUUCUGACUCACCUGAAGAACCAACCCCACCGGUGGUUGAGCAUGUCCCAGAGGUGGCUCCUGUUCCUGACCCUGUUCCUACACCAGAACCAGUCUCAGUCCAGAAGAAUGAACCCAUUGCAUUCUCAGAUUUAGAACCUCAGGAGAAGGAAACCAUUGAUGAACCAGAAAAACACUGCAGCGGCUCCCCCAAACAGGCAGAGCCAAGUCAAAACACGAAGAAGAGCAAAUCCUCCCCUCCACCUGAGAAAAUGACAGACUCGUUGAGUGAGCCCUCUCAAACAAAUGAGGAAGAAGAUCUUCCUCUUCCCAAAGGUGCAUACAAAUUUGACUUUGACCAGCUGGAUGACAGCUUUGAUCCGUUCACCAGCGGCGGAUCCAAAAUCCAGAACUCUCCCCCACCCUUCGUCUCAAGCUCUCUGCCCAGACCAGAGCCACUCGGGAGCUCAUUGCCGAAUUGUGAGACCAGCUCAGCGGCACAAGCAGACUCUGGAGUGACAGAGUCUUCAUCAGAGGUGAAACCUGUGAAGCUGGAGUUUGGUCUGGAAUCUGAGGGAACGAUUAGCAAGCCUCCCCCAAGGAAGUUAGGAGGCAAAAAGACAAUCGGCAAACUCGCUGCACGGAAACAGAAGCCCAAAGGAUCCGAAGCGUCCUGUAAACCUGCACCAGAACCCGUCUCAGCACCGGAAACAGAUCCUCAACAAGAACCAGCUCCUCAGUCUACAUCGGAACCAGUCCAAGAACCUGCUGCAGAAUCUGAAACCACAGUGCCAGUUUCAGACUCAUCUGCACCUCUGAACCUGGACGAUGUUCCAAUUCCUAAGAGAGGAACGUAUAACUUUGAUCCCAGUCAGUGGGAUGACCCAAAUUUUAAUCCAUUUGGUAGCAAUGAUAAGAUGAGCAGCUCCCCGAAGCUUCCUAAGAGCUCGUACAACUUUGACCCAGACAAUUUUGAUGAUUCCGUGGACCCUUUCAAACCUUCAAAAUCCCUGAGCACAGAAGAUUCAUCCAGCAGCAGCCCUCAGCCAGAGAAACCCCUGAAAGAAGAAGGCAAACCAAAAGCGAAGCAGCCUGCUGUGGAGAAGAAAGUGCGGCAGAUUCCCAAGAAAAGCAAAGAGAAAACGACCACGAACUCUUGCAAACUCCAGAAAUAUGAUGAGAGCCAGUCCUUGGUUCUGGACGUGUGUAAUCAGGCCGAGGACGAGGAGGCAGUCCAGACCCCAGAUAUCACUCAGCGAGUUAAUCACGCCACUGAUGAGGAGAAGCUGGCCUCCACGUGCCUGAUGGGCCAGGCACCAGACAGCCAGGAGGAAAAAGAAGAACCAGAAUAUGAUAAAGCACCAGCGAAACAACAGACAAUCAGUGAUAUUCCUGCUGUCGAUGAUCCAGUGAUCAAGACUGCAGAUCCUCUGGAGGAGAAGGACAUCUUCCCUCGGAAAGAUGAUAUUAGUGAGAUAUCGACGAUCCAAACAACAAAAAUGAGCAGCAGUGAGGUCCUCGACACGGCUGUCCUGACACAGGACGGCGUCCCACUGACUGAGAUGGACAAGGCUGCAAUGCUGACCCUGAUCAGAGAAGAGAUAAUCACAAAGGAGAUUGAGGUCAAUGAAUGGAAGAGAAAAUUUGAGGAGAGCAGAGCAGAAGUCAUGGAAAUGAGGAAAAUUGUUGCUGAGUAUGAGAAAACAGUUGCACAGAUGAUUGAGGACGAGCAGCAGCAGAAGACACUGUCCUGCAGUAAGUCAGUCAGACAGCUGACCAUGGAGAGGGAUCAGGCCAUCGCUGACCUCAGCUCAGUGGAGCGCUCCUUCGCUGAUCUCUUCAGGAGGUAUGAGAACAUGAAGGGGGUCUUGGAAGGCUUUAAGAAGAAUGAAGAAGUCUUAAAGAAGUGUGCACAAGACUACCUGAUGCGGAUCAAGCAAGAGGAGCAGCGAUAUCAAACCCUAAAAGUCCAUGCUGAGGAGAAGCUAGACAAGGCUAAUGAAGAGAUUGCCCAGGUGCGUGCCAAGGCAAAUGGAGAAAGUGUCGCACUGAACGCAAGUCUGAGAAAGGAACAGAUGAAGGUGGAGUCACUUGAAAGAGCUGUCCUUCAGAAGAAUCAGGAGAUUGAAGAGCUCACAAAGAUCUGUGAUGAGCUGAUUGCCAAACUAGGAACAGAAUGAGAAGCACAUAAUGAGAUCCCCGGCCCUUAAUGACACUCAUAUCUUGUGUUUUCCCUGCAGAUUGAGACUUUUCUCUCAGAAACAUGUGAUGUGAAUCAUUUGCCUCAUCAGAGUUCGCCACAUUUCAGCUUCCUCAGCACAAAGCACAGUUUUUAAAAGGAAUAUAUUUAUAGGUGUGGGACAUUAAUAUCAAAAACUGAAUGAUUGCACUUGCUCUUUUGCUUCUCCUAGAGUGAAGAUUUAAAUGACGGCAGAAAUUAUUUAUCAUUUUAAUCAGGUCAUCAAUAAGUGAAAUAGAAGCACAGUGGCUUACUGAUAUUUUUAAAAUUUACAGUAGAUUAUCUUAUUACUUUAGGAUUCAACCAUUUUUACAUCAAUCCACAUUUGAUGUGCAUUUAAAUAAUGAUGUUAAUUUCAAAAUAUCCGUGGCAGAGUAAUGCAUGUGCAGAAACUAAAAAGGAUAUGAUGUGGACGGAUGAUAGAUUAUUUUUACAGCUGUUAAUUUAAGAUGUAUUAUCAAAGAUACAGAUUGCAGAUUUCAUUUGUAUUCAUUGCGUGCAUAAAUUGAGCCUCUUGUUUUCCAUUUUAUUUGAAUUACCAUAAUUUUCAAGAAUUUGUGCUCACGUUUAAGGCCAGGUUUGAUUUUAGAGUUUUUCAGCCAUGUUGAUUUUCAGUCUGCUCCACAUUAAUCUUAAAGAACUCUUAAGCUAAUUAUUCAAAAUGCAGUCAUAUGACGGUUUUUGUGUGACUUCAACAGGAAUGAAAGAUGACGCAAAUAUGCAGAACUACAAACACAGCUCCUAAUACUGUAAACCAUGUGCCAUCCAUCAUUUUUGAAAGAGUGUGGAAAAGUCACCAGUUGCCAUGUAAAUAUUUUUGAAUGAACUAUCUGUAAGCCUAAAUGUUGCUUGUGCCUUCAUUUUGUCUGUUUUGUAACAAAAAAAAAACCCCUAAAAAGUUUACUUCUAUUUGUUAUGCAGUCUUUUUCCAAU